CUUCUAAAUAGACUUCAGUGGGCGCUUCACCGCAUUACCACAGAGUGAAGGGAAGCGGAUGACUCGUCGCCUCAAGAGUUCCCCCAAAGCCAAACUUUUUAGCUAGUAGCUAGCUAGGCGCUCCAGACGAAAACAGUCAUCAUAGCUGUUCUGUUUAGCUUGAAAAGGUUAUAUAAAGCAGCAGAUGAUAAGAACAGUUCUCUGAUGGGUUUAAGAGGGAGAGUAACUGGCAAAGAGGACUACGUUUCGCUGCGGAUUGUUACUAGUUUCACUAGUGCAGCAGAGUAGUAGAGACAGAGAGCAAACCCUUCGCUAGCUUUCAAGCUAGCAAAACUGUGAAUCGGACGGGAAGCAAAGUUUUCCGUAUAUGAGUGUUGCUGAUUGCUUUAAAAUAAUUUUGUUCAUUAAUUUCACCUAAAGAGGACUGCGUCUUUAUUUCAUUACCAGAAAGGGCACUUACAUUGGCAGAACUUUAUACUGAGCUCAAGAUGUCAAUUUUGCCUUUUACUCCACCGAUCGUGAAAAGGCUUCUGGGCUGGAAAAAAGGAGAACAGAACGGGCAGGAAGAGAAAUGGUGCGAAAAGGCAGUAAAAAGCCUGGUGAAGAAGCUGAAAAAGACCGGUCAGCUGGACGAGCUGGAAAAAGCCAUCACAACCCAGAAUAUCAACACCAAAUGCAUUACCAUACCCAGGUCUCUGGACGGGCGCCUGCAGGUGUCUCACAGGAAGGGUCUGCCGCAUGUCAUCUACUGCCGCCUGUGGCGCUGGCCGGAUCUACAAAGCCACCAUGAGCUGCGGGCCAUGGAGCUAUGCGAAUUCGCCUUCCACAUGAAGAAAGACGAGGUGUGCGUCAACCCCUACCACUACCAGAGGGUGGAGACGCCAGUGCUGCCGCCGGUUCUGGUGCCACGUCACACAGAGAUCCCCAGUGAGUUCCCCCCUCUGGAAGACUACAGCCACGCCAUCCCAGAGAACACCAACUUCCCCGCCGGCAUCGAGCCGCAGAGCCACUACAUCCCAGAGACGCCUCCGCCAGGGUAUCUCAGUGAAGAUGGGGAGACCAGUGACCACCAGAUGAACCACAGCAUGGACGCAGGUUCACCAAACUUGUCGCCCAACCCUGUAUCACCUGCACACAGCAAUCUCGACUUGCAGCCAGUGACAUACUGCGAGCCUGCCUUCUGGUGCUCCAUAUCCUACUACGAGCUGAACCAGCGCGUGGGCGAGACCUUCCACGCCUCCCAGCCCUCCUUGACCGUGGACGGCUUCACAGACCCCUCCAACUCGGAGCGCUUCUGCCUGGGCCUACUGUCCAACGUCAACCGCAACGCCGCGGUGGAGCUGACGCGCAGGCACAUCGGCAGGGGAGUCCGGCUGUACUACAUCGGAGGAGAGGUGUUUGCGGAAUGUCUCAGUGACAGCGCCAUCUUUGUCCAGAGUCCAAACUGCAACCAGCGGUAUGGCUGGCACCCAGCUACUGUGUGCAAGAUUCCACCAGGCUGCAACCUGAAGAUCUUCAACAACCAGGAGUUUGCGGCGCUGUUGGCCCAGUCAGUGAACCAGGGCUUCGAGGCCGUGUACCAGCUGACCCGCAUGUGCACCAUCCGCAUGAGCUUCGUCAAGGGCUGGGGGGCGGAGUACAGGCGGCAGACAGUAACCAGUACCCCCUGCUGGAUCGAGCUGCACCUCAACGGCCCCCUGCAGUGGCUCGACAAGGUGCUCACCCAGAUGGGCUCCCCCAGCAUCAGAUGUUCCAGCGUGUCGUAGAAAAAGCCCACACCCCACACCCCACACCCCACACCCCACACGACGCACAGACCAAAACCGAGAAAAAGAAAAUGAAAAGUGGGGGCCCAGUCUGUUCCCCCAGAAGGCAGAGGGAGACGCAGGGGGGAGGCCCCCAGGCAGAUCUGUCAUAGACCCUAUUUGUCAAAUGGACCCAGCUGUCCCGCCUCUCCACACGGUUUCAAAGCACUUACUUUUCUAAGUUCACGGCAAAGGGGAUGAGUGCAUUACAAACAGUACAGUCCGUAUUGUUUUCGUGUUUUUUUCCGUAUGAAUUUGAUGCUGAUUUAGAAUAAAUGUGUAUAUUAUUUUUGGCAUUUGGUGCC